CCUAAAAAAACCUUGUCUUACAGUUAUAAUGUCACUGUCAAAUAAGGAUCUUGGAGUAAGAAAGCAAAGCAUGUCCUUAACGUAACCAAGGAUUCUCAGUCUCUAUACCCUGAAAGAAUGAUAAACAAUCCGCCCAGCUUGGUUGGCAAGGGACACCAUUCGUAAUAUAUCGAUGUCCAAGUUUGAUCUCCAAUUGUGUUCGGAGUUCGGAUGUGUUUGUGCUUGCUACCUAGCAAGUAGCAAGAUAGUAAUCGAAGGUGGUAAACAGCAAUCGGUGGUUAACCGUAUUUUUAGUUCAGAUUUGAUUUGUUUUGAUUGUUUAAAUUUGUGUUAGAUUGGAAAUUGAGAAUUUAGGUUUUGAGGUGAAAUUUUUAAGUUAUGUUUACUUUCACCUGAGUGGGUGACACUUCAAAUAAAAUUCCUGUUGUAUUAUUUAUUAGUUUGAAAGUAGUGACGAGGUGACAUUUAGACCUCAUAGACAUGAGAUGACAUUUUAUUGUAAUGUCAUUAAUUCGUUGAUAUGCUUUUAAGGUUAAGAUAUAACCUUGGUUUUUAAUUUGAGAAAUAUAAUUGUUUAAAAUAAAUUUAAAAUUAGCUCCUGUUAGGUCAUGUCUAUAAUAAGUAAAUUUCAAACUAUUGAUGCAUCCUGUACUCAAUAUGUGCAUCCUUGGACCAAUUCAUGUGCAGAGGCAACAGCAGGGCUCCUUCUUCAUUCAAUACUAGCUUCGCUAAGAAUAUAUGUUACAGCUUACAUGCUCACCUUGUUAAUGAGAGGGAAAGUACCAACUAAAAAAGACAUCAAAUAUAUUGUAUUAGGAAUAAUCCAAUCAACAGCAUUUUUGUCCUGUCAUGCUUUUGGGUACUCUUUGACCUUGUGCUGCUUAAGAAAGGCGAUAGGUAAUUUCAACUUUCUCACUGUGUCAUUCAUUCCUUCGUUUAUCUCGAGUAUCAUUGCCAUAUUGGUAGAAAGGCCGUCUCGGAGAAGUCUUCUCAGCCUUUAUGUCACAAAUGUGGCGUCAGAAACUUUAUUCCGGAUGGCAGUGUGGAGGAAGUGGCUGAAACCUAUCAAGUAUGGAGAAGUGAUCAUAUUCACAGUAUCAUCUGCUGCACUGUUGUACUUCUACAGAGGUUCUCACAAUAAAAAGGAUUCCAUCUAUUCACUCCUCAGAUUUUUCGUUGGGCCCUGUGAAGAAAGUGGUUACAGCAAACACAAUGAAGGGGAACCACCUCCUUCACGCAGCACCAUGAUCCCAAGUUACUAUUUGAAAUCUCAUCCCACAUGUCCUCACUUGCACAGUUGUCUGCAUUACUGCUUGAAGAAUGGGGUAAAACUGUUCAGCAUUGGAUGUGGGCUUCAGUUGUCUCUGAAGCUGUUGUUGCAAAUGAACCGGAUCGUAAAGAAGCCUAAAGUGGUGUUCUCCGUUUUCCAGCUCGAUACAUUGAGAUUAGGUGUAUUCUUUGCUGGAUUUGGAGGUGUUUUUCGAAUGGUCAGCUGUCUGCUACGUCACGCCCGUGGUGAAGACUGUCAGUUACAUGCAAUACCAGCUGGUUUGGGUGCUGGACUGGCAUUCUUCUUCUUCAGAGAUAACACAGCCGCACUGUAUGCCAUGUGGAAAACAAUUCAGAUUUUAUAUAACAUGGGAGUGGACAAAGGACAUUUACCACCAUUUCCUGGUGGAAGUGUGUUUUUUCAUGCUCUGGCUACAGCUAUUUUAUUUCAUGCUGCGAUUAUUGAACCACACAAUGUCCGUCCGUCCUACUGGCGGUUCCUAACCACCAUUUCUGGACACAGGAUAAACAUGAUGAAUCGCGAGUGUCUGGACGUGUUCGGCUUGGACAGUAGUGAAUCUCUGAGGAUUGCACAAGCAAGACUGCUGAAGCGGGUAACAUCGUAACAAGUGCUAGCAGACAAUAAUGUCAUGUCUUUGUCUUUCUACAUUUUCUAUACACUAUUUCUAAUGUUUUAUACACAAAUUAUGUAUAUAAUUAUAUUAUAUAGUGAUGUUAUUUUUAUUGUUGUGAUUUAAUCUAUAUUCAUGGUUUUACACACAAAGAAUCUUUACAAAAUGGUUAUAAAUUAUUAAAACGGUAUAAAUGUUGUAAGGUUAAAUAUUAAAGUUGGAUUAUUUUUGAUA